GUAACACAAGCGGCUAACUGGCUAGUUUUGCGCUAGCAGCUAGAAAUGAAUCUACAGCUAAUAGGUAUUUGUGUGUGUUUUCACAAAGUGGAACAAGAUUGACGUUUUGUCCACGCACUGAUCGAGUGCACAGCCACAUAAGGGAGGUACAAUGGGCCAAAGGAAGAGAGUGGCAGCUGUGAAAAACCCUUCAUCUCAGAGACACUCAGGGGCUCCUGCAGAGGCUACCAGAGUCUCCAACAGAAAGCACAACAUCUGCAUGGUGUCGGACUUUUUCUACCCAAACAUGGGAGGAGUAGAAAGUCACAUUUACCAGCUGUCCCAGUGUCUGAUUGAAAAGGGACACAAGGUGGUAAUUGCCACCCAUGCCUAUGGCCGGAGGAAGGGUGUCCGGUACCUGACCAAUGGACUGAAGGUCUACUACCUGCCCCUGCAGGUGAUGUACAACCAGUCAACUGCCACCACCUGCUUCCACAGUCUGCCGCUGCUGCGCUGUGUGUUUGUCAGGGAGCGAAUCACUGUGGUGCAUGCACACAGCUCAUUCUCUGCAAUGGCCCAUGAUGCACUGUUCCACGCUAAGACGAUGGGCCUUAACACGGUGUUCACCGACCACUCACUCUUUGGCUUUGCUGACGUCAGCUCUGUGCUGACCAACAAGCUUCUGACCGUGUCGCUGUGUGACACCAACCACAUUGUGUGCGUGUCGUACACCAGUAAAGAGAACACGGUUCUCCGAGCAGCACUCAACCCAGAGAUAGUGUCUGUUAUUCCCAAUGCCGUUGACCCAACAGACUUCACCCCCGAUCCCUCCCAGCGCCAAGAUGACAGGAUCACAAUUGUUGUCAUCAGCCGCCUCGUCUAUCGCAAAGGAAUUGACCUUCUUGGUGGGAUCAUCCCGGAGCUUUGCCUCAAACAUCCUGAUCUACAUUUCCUAAUUGGAGGAGAGGGACCAAAGAGAAUUGUGUUGGAGGAAGUGAGAGAGAAAUACCAACUACAUGACAGGGUGCGUCUGCUGGGGGCUCUGGAGCAUAAAGACGUGCAUGGCGUUUUGGUGCAAGGUCACAUCUUCCUCAACACGUCUCUGACCGAAGCGUUCUGUAUGGCCAUCGUGGAGGGAGCCAGCUGUGGACUGCAGGUGGUCAGCACUCGUGUGGGAGGUAUUCCCGAGGUGUUACCAGAGGACUUGAUAACUCUCUGCGAACCCACUGUACGGUCUUUGUGUGCCGGUCUGGAAACGGUCAUCGCCCGGCAGCGGUCAGGCUCCGUCCCCUCCCCUGCCUCCAUCCACGCAUGUGUGCAAAACCUCUACACCUGGAGAAAUGUUGCAGAGAGGACGGAAAAAGUGUACGACAGAGUGGCUGGAGAGGAGGUUCUUCCUCUGGACAGACGGUUACAGAGGCUGAGGGCACACUGCGGUCCCGUGGCGGGCUCCAUCUUCGCCCUCUUCGCUGUGUUAGACUUUCUGUUCCUGCUGCUGCUGCAGUGGUUGGUGCCAGAUCGGAUCAUGGACGCCGCCGUGGAUGCUACAGGCCCUCAGGGACUGUGGAGACGAGAAACAGAAAGCAAGAAUGAAGCCUAUUCCAAACGUGCCAUGAAACGAGCAGCAGACCGAGAAACUUUAUGAUCGUGAAGUCUCAAUGUCUCUGACUUACUUCUAGCUGUUUACAUGGUGGUAUGUGUAUUUUUGGGGCUUUUUUUUGCCUUUUUUGACAGAGAUAGUGGAGUGAGAGAGAAAAUGUGGGUAAGGAGAAUAGCAGAAUGACGUGAAGCAGAUAGAUUGGCUGACCACUCGUGUAUGGGAUCAACUCUCUGUGGUGCCAUCAUUCAUUUUAAACAUGACUACUGACUGCAGAAUGUGCUCCUGGUAACCUACAACAUUGUUUACAUUUACUUAUUUUUUUAAAAAAAACCUGUGUCAGAGCAUUUUGUCUCAGACAGAAUCAGUUUUUAUAUUAAAUAACUGGAUUCUGUGGCAUUCCUUGAGAAUUUCUAAGCACUUUUUUAUUUGUUAAUGUAAAACAAAUGCAUUGCACUGAACAGACAGACUAAAAGCGCUGAGUAUCUGGCUUGAUCUGCUAAUAAAAGUUGUGAAACUGUAUGUCAGAGCAAAUUGUUUUAAUUUAGGUUCUAAAAUUGCCACUGAUUUCUUUUAACAUUUUACAUGAUGUUGAUGUGAAACCUGGAAGUUUUUUGUUUGUUUCAAAUGACCAUGUGAGUUCCAGACAACUCAAUCUGGAAAAUAAAAUGUACCUGCUAA